AUGAGCCAUGAGAACACUCUCAUAGUGAUUUUAGCAAGUUCCCAUGCCUCACAAUUUAGCAAUUAUCCCCUCCAAAUUCACCUUCUGAGGCCAAAAUCCGGCUCUUCCGGCCACCACAUUCAUGGCGUGUCUUGCCUGAGUUGGCGACUAGCUGUUGAAACAAACAAUCUUGUUGGAUGGGCAACAGUUCCUGAAGAAUGUGAAAAUUACGUAGGUCACUACAUGUUAGGCGACCAGUACCGGGGAGACUCAGCUGUCAUAACUGAUGCGGCUUUCGCCCAUGCUAAAAGCUUCAAGCUGGCUGGAGACGGCAAAGAUAUUUGGGUCUUCGACGUUGAUGAAACUACUCUUUCAAAUUUACCGUACUACGCUGAACAUUUAUUUGGGGCGGAGCCUUACAAUUCCACAGCAUUCAACCAAUGGGUUUUCAAAGGCAAAGCCGUAGCAUUGCCGGAGUCUCUCAAACUGUACAAGAAAUUACUGUCUAUUGGGAUUAAGGUUGUCUUCUUAACCGGAAGACCUGAAGAACAAAGAGCAGUGACAUCAACCAAUCUGAAGAAUGCUGGGUACCACAACUGGGAGAAGCUUAUACUUAAGUCAUCAUCUUAUGCAGGAAAGACAGCGGUAUUUUAUAAAUCAAGCGAAAGGGCAAAGCUUGAGAAGAAAGGAUACAGAAUUAUUGGGAACAUGGGCGAUCAAUGGAGUGAUCUUUUAGGGACCAAUGUGGGCAAGCGAACAUUCAAGCUACCUGAUCCAAUGUAUUACAUCAAUAUGGCAUAUAGAGGGAGAGGUAGAGGGAGAGGACGAUUUGGAGGAGGUAGUUUUACCUAUGCAAGGCAAGAGCCCUUUGACUUGUUUCCUGAAGUUGAAUUACCUGAUCCCAAAGAUGUGAAGGAAGAAAGGGCAUUAGUUGUUUGGAAUUCAAGGUUGACGAAUUAUUUCAAAUCCUCUCCUUAUUAUCUUGAGGAGAUUAUUACAAAGGAGAGCCAGAGCAUAGACAUAGAAAGAUUUUCUGACAGGGGAAAGCCAAAGAUCACAUCAGAACGUGAUUCCCUUGACCAAUUUCUACAGCUCACUUCUAAAAAUUUUCCUAAAGAACUUAUUGGAGGUUUAAAGAGGAAGGGGCCAAACAAAAGAGUGAGGUGGACAGCAGGCUUGAGCAAGUUGGAUGAGUAUGAGAAGUGUGAGUUGAUGUCUGAGGAACAAGGUGAGAAGGCUCAAAAGGAAAAGAAAGAAGACGAAGAUGAGGAGGAUGAAGACGAAGUAGCAGAAGAACCUGAUGAAGAUGAUGAUGAUGGAGAUUAUAAUCAGAACAUUGAUUUCGAUGACGAUGAAGAUGAUUACAACAUGGAGGAUGACAACGACAGUAUGCACCUUUUCUCAAACAUGAAUACAGUUUCACCCAUUUCUAUUGAUGGCAUGCAAAAACUCGUCUUUCUUCGGCAGAUGCUAAUAGCUUUGUGA